CCUCCCUUCCUGCAGGAGGUUUGGGGCUGAGACCCCAACAGAUCUGGUGCAAGACUCCGGGGCCCCUGAAGGAAGUGGGCUGAGGUCUGGCCCGGGCUCCCCUCCGUCCAUAGAGCCCAGGAUGCCCCUUGGCCCUAGCGGCUCCUGAGCUCAUGGAGCCCUCUGCCACCCCAGGGGCCCAGACAGGUCUCCCCACUGGCAGCUGGGAGCCAUCCCUGGUGCCUGCCGAUUAUGAGGACGAGUUUCUCCGCUAUCUGUGGCGCGAUUAUUUAUACCCGAAGCAGUAUGAAUGGGUCCUCAUCGCAGCCUACGUGGCUGUGUUCCUCGUGGCUCUGGUGGGCAACACACUGGUGUGCCUGGCAGUGUGGCGGAACCACCACAUGAGGACAGUCACCAACUACUUCAUCGUCAACCUGUCCCUGGCUGACGUGCUCGUGACAGCCAUCUGCCUGCCGGCCAGCCUGCUGGUAGACAUCACCGAGUCCUGGCUCUUUGGCCAUGCUCUCUGCAAGGUCAUCCCCUAUCUACAGGCUGUGUCAGUGUCGGUGGCAGUGCUAACGCUCAGCUUCAUUGCCCUGGACCGCUGGUAUGCCAUCUGCCACCCGUUGCUGUUCAAGAGCACCGCCCGGCGUGCCCGUGGCUCCAUCCUGGGCAUCUGGGCUGUGUCGCUGGCUGUCAUGGUGCCCCAGGCUGCUGUCAUGGAAUGCAGCAGUGUGCUGCCCGAGCUAGCCAAUCGUACCCGACUCUUCUCUGUCUGUGAUGAACGCUGGGCAGAUGACCUCUAUCCCAAAAUCUACCACAGUUGCUUCUUCAUUGUCACCUACCUGGCCCCGCUGGGCCUCAUGGCCAUGGCCUAUUUCCAGAUCUUCCGCAAGCUCUGGGGCCGCCAGAUCCCCGGCACCACCUCGGCCCUGGUGAGGAACUGGAAGCGGCCCUCAGACCAGUCGGAGGAGCUGGGGCAGGGCCCGGGCACAGAGCCCCCACCGCGGGCCCGGGCCUUCCUGGCUGAGGUGAAGCAGAUGCGUGCUCGGAGGAAGACGGCCAAGAUGCUGAUGGUGGUGCUUCUGGUCUUUGCCCUCUGCUACCUGCCCAUCAGCGUCCUCAAUGUCCUGAAGAGGGUAUUUGGGAUGUUCCGCCAAGCCCGGGACCGAGAAGCCGUGUACGCCUGCUUCACCUUCUCCCACUGGCUGGUGUACGCCAACAGCGCUGCCAACCCCAUCAUCUACAACUUCCUCAGUGGCAAAUUCCGGGAGCAGUUUAAGGCCGCCUUCUCCUGCUGCCUGCCGGGCCUUGGUCCCUGCUGCUCUCUCAAGGCCUCCGGCCGCCGCUCCUCUGCCAGCCACAAGUCUUUGUCCUCGCAGAGCCGGUGUUCCAUCUCCAAAGUCUCGGAGCAUGUGGUGCUCGCCAGCGUCACCACGGUGCUGCCCUGAGCCCUGAGCGAGGGCUGCCCUGGUGGCUCCAAGGGGUGUGAGCUGUUUGCUACCUAGGCUGUUCCUCUGGCUCCUGGGGGACCAGACCCCCUCCUUGUGGACGGACUACUGGAUGCAGCACGAGGCCAGGGCUCCAGUCCUGGUUUUCUACCUGUUUGACUCUGGGCCAGUCACUUCCCUUCUCUGAGCUGUGUCCGCUAGACAGGAUUGAUGUGAGGAUUAAACAUGCUCAAGAAAGUGGAAAGCUCUUUGUAAACGGUGACGUGUUGUGGACAAGAUUAUCGCUGUAUCCGUCUCACUUGGCCAUACCCCAGUACCAUCCAUCCUCAUCAUCCUUCGGAGCUUGGCCUUCUUC